AUGAACCUUUCGCUUCAAGAUCCAUUUGCUGUAGCAAAGGAAUUCCCCGAAUCUUUGACACAGACUUUGUCCGCUGGUGGACACUCCGUGGUUAUCCAAUUCAAUAGUAGAGGAGAUUACUUAGCUUCUGGACUCACAGACGGCUCAAUUAUUAUUUACGAUAUCUCGAGUAAUGCGGGCGUAAUUGCACAUUUGAAGAAGGACAGGCACUCCAGACCGGUAACUUCUAUCAGCUGGUCAUCAUGCGGUAGAUAUAUACUAUCCACGUCCCAAGACUGGACAUGUAAGUUGUGGGACUUGUCCAAGGUGAAUAGCGAGCGGGACGAUUUCGCAGCAUCACUGGCAGUGAUCAGAAAUGUCAAAUUCGAUGGACCCAUUUGGCUGGCUGUUUUACACCCUAGAAACCACUUUAUAUUCGUAGCUUCGUUGUUUGAAGAUCACCCUGUUCAUGUAGAUGCCGAAGACGAGCAUAAUGUAGUAAUAACCAGGUUACAAACGCAACCUCGUGAGAUUAUACAGGGCGAGGACAAUUCUGAAUCAGCUACGCCUGAACCAGAAUCGAAAAAGAAGAAAGUGGAAAAGCAUGUUACACUUGCCACCACCUUCACGCCAAACCUUGGACUAUACAUAUUGACUGGUACUAGCAAGGGAUGGCUAAAUAUAAUUUCAUCCAAAACGCUUGAAACUGUGCAUUCUAUAAAGUUUACAAAUUCCAAUAUCAAGAACCUUGUGAUCUCACCCAAUGGGCGAAAAUUGGCUAUAAAUUCAUCUGAUAGAAUCAUCAGGCAAAUCAUUUUACCGGACUUUCUCAACAGAAGGAAUGACGAAGACUUAAAUGGAGAAGAGAAAGUGGAAGAGGAAUGGGAUGAGUUUGAAGUAGAACACAAGUAUCAGGAUUUGAUUAAUAGAUUACAGUGGAACUCAGUUGUUUUCAACCAUAAUGCAGAAUUCCUUGUUGCGUCUACAUUUGGGCAAUCUUCGCAGGAUUUGUACGUUUGGGAAACCAGUAUGGGAUCUUUAGUUAAAAUCUUGGAAGGAAGUAACGAAGAACUUAUUGAUGUCAAAUGGAAUUAUUCCAAAUGCAUGAUUGGGUCUACUGGGUUGGAUAGUGGGUACGUUUAUCUUUGGUCGAUUCAAUUUCCUCAGAAAUGGAGUGCUCUUGCUCCAGAUUUCGUAGAGAUCGAAGAAAACAUAGAGUAUGACGAAAAAGAAGACGAGUUUGAUAUAAUAGACGACCAGGUGUUGGUACAGAAGAGAUUAGAGGAGGAGGAAGAUCUUGUAGUGGAUAUUUUGACGAUGGAGAAGUAUGAUGCAAGAGGCUUUGACAUAGAGGAGAGUUUUAUAAUACCGGUGAAGUAUGAUUAA